AUGAGUCACACCAAUGUUACCAUCUUCCAUCCUGCAGUUUUUGUCCUUCUUGGCAUCCCUGGGUUGGAGGCUUAUCACAUUUGGCUGUCAAUACCUCUUUGCCUCAUUUACAUCACUGCAGUCCUGGGAAACAGCAUCCUGAUAGUGGUUAUUGUCAUGGAACGUAACCUUCAUGAGCCCAUGUUCUUCCUCUCAAUGCUGGCCGUCACGGACAUCCUGCUGUCUACCACCACUGUGCCCAAGGCCCUAGCCAUCUUUUGGCUUCAAGCACAUAACAUUGCUUUUGAUGCCUGUGUCACCCAAGUCUUCUUUGUCCAUAUGAUGUUUGUGGGGGAGUCAGCUAUCCUGUUAGCCAUGGCCUUUGAUCGCUUUGUGGCCAUUUGUGCCCCACUGAGAUAUACAACAGUGCUAACAUGGCCUGUUGUGGGAAGGAUUGCUCUGGCCGUCAUCACCCGAAGCUUCUGCAUCAUCUUCCCAGUCAUAUUCUUGCUGAAGCGGCUGCCCUUCUGCUGAACCAACAUUGUUCCUCACUCCUACUGUGAGCAUAUUGGAGUGGCUCGUUUAGCCUGUGCUGACAUCACUGUUAACAUUUGGUAUGGCUUCUCAGUGCCCAUUGUCAUGGUCAUCUUGGAUGUUAUCCUCAUCGCUGUGUCUUACUCACUGAUCCUCCGAGCAGUGUUUCGUUUGCCCUCCCAGGAUGCUCGGCACAAGGCCCUCAGCACUUGUGGCUCCCACCUCUGUGUCAUCCUUAUGUUUUAUGUUCCAUCCUUCUUUACCUUGUUGACCCACCGUUUUGGGUGUAAUAUUCCUCAACAUGUCCAUAUCUUGCUGGCCAAUCUUUAUGUGGCAGUGCCACCAGUGCUGAACCCCAUUGUCUAUGGUGUGAAGACUAAGCAGAUACGUGAGGGUGUAGCCCACCGGUUCUUUGACAUCAAGACUUGGUGCUGUACCUCCCCUCUGGGCUCAUGA